AUGUUUGUUAAUAAGAUAUUCUGGACUUUUGUCUUUGGGCUCCUUUAUAUUCUUUCUUUUGUGUGUUCCUUUACUGACAAUGAAUGUUAUGUAACAAUCUCAGAAGAUUCUUACCAUAAAGGAGAUGUGACUAUUGGUACAUUUUUUCCUCUUCAUAUUUUCUACACAGGCAACAAAGUUCCUCAUAAAUAUUUACCAUACGCUUUCCAGGACAUUCACAUACAGUAUAAGUUUAAGAACUACCAGUUUGUUUUGGCCCUGGUAUUUGCCAUUGAGGAGAUCAACAAAAACCCUCAUCUUCUACCCAACACAACUCUGGGCUUUGAUCUCUAUAAUGUUGUAUUUACUGAAAAAAGUAUUCUUUAUGGUGCCUUGGUUUGGCUAACAAGGAUGAAAAUACCCCUACCUAACUAUGUCUGUGGACAGAAGAGAAAGUCACCUGCUGCACUUACAGGAACAUCAUGGGCAACAUCUGCUCACAUCGCAACCCUGCUAAAACUCUACAAAAUACCUCAGCUCACUUUUGGACCUUAUGAUUCUACCUUGAAUGAUCCAGGACAGUUUAAUUCUCUCUAUCAGAUGGCCCCCAAGGACACAUCUCUCUCACUUGCCAUUGUCUCUUUAAUGCUUCAUUUCAGCUGGUCUUGGGUUGGUCUGAUCCUCCCAGAUGACCACAGAGGGACUCAGAUUUUGUCAGAAUUCACAGAAGAUAUGGAAAGUAAUAACAUCUGCAUAGCAUUUUUAAAAUUGAUCCCUGGAACCAUGAAUUCAUUUUCCAACAAAUUAUGGCAAAAUAUGGAGGAGAUUCAGGAAUCAUCAGCAAAUGUGAUAAUUAUUUAUGGGGAUAUUGGUUAUUUACAGGGUUUAAUGAGACACAUUGGGCAACGGUUAGUGACAUGGAAAGUCUGGGUCUUGAAUUGUCAUUGGGAUGUUGUCAGCCAUAGUGAUUAUUUCAUGGUAGAGUCAUUUCAUGGUAGUUUCAUUUUUUCACACUACCAUGAAGAGAAGAUUGAAUUUACAAAUUUUAUUCAAACAGUUAAUCCCUACAAAUACCCAGCAGACAAUUACCUCCCUAAGUUUUGGUUUUUAUUCUUCAAGUGCUCAUUUUCUGAGCUUGAUUGUCAUCUUUUGGAGAACUGCCAAGUCAAUGCUUCUUUGGUAUUACUGCCCAGACACAUUUUUGACCCGGCCAUGAGUGAAGAGGGACACAAUAUAUACAAUGCUGUAUAUGCUGUGGCCUACAGUCUCCAUGAGAUAUUUCUUGAGCAACUACAGACACAAGUGCAUGAUAGUGGAGAGGAAACUGUAUUCUUCCCUUGGCAGCUUUUCCCUUUCUUAAAGAACACCAUGCAUAAAAAUCAUAUGAAAGAUCACACAGUAAUGGAUAGAGGAAGAAACUUAGAUUCAAAGUAUGAUAUUCUUAAUUUUUGGAAUUUUCCAAAGGGUCUUGGACUAAAGGUGAAAGUAGGAACCUUUUUCACGCAUGCCUCCCAGGGUCAACAAUUGUCUUUGUCUGAGCAGAUGAUUCAAUGGCCUACAAGCUUUACAAGGAUUCCUCAGUCUGUAUGCAGUGGAAGCUGUAGGCCUGGAUUCAGAAAAGCUGGUCAGGAAGGCAAGGCUGUCUGCUGCUUUGAUUGUGCUCCUUGUGCAGAUAAUGAGAUUUCAAAUGAGACAG